UUAACCGUCUGUACGAGGGGAUAGUGGCCAGGACGGAGGAGGGCUGAGUCCCACUCGAGGCUCGGCCGUGGAGACAUGCAGCACGUCAGCGACCGGUUGUUCUGCUGCAGCUGGCUGCGGCGAAAGAUUCCUCUGUCCCACAGAGAUGAACUCUAUCACAUCCUGAGGAUGACGGGCCCUGUGCUCGUCUCCAGGAUCCUCCAGUACAUGCUUCCAUUCGUGGUGACGGUGUUCUGUGGUCGCUUGGGGAACAAUGUCAUGGCCGCGUACGGUCUCGCCACCGCUUUUGUAAACAUCACCACGAUUUCGACGGGAACUGGGUUGGGCCUCGCGUGCGACACCUUGGUAUCCCAGACAUUCGGAGGCAAGAAUCUGCUGAGGGUGGGGGUCAUCCUCCAGCGGGGCAUCAUCAUCCUCCUCUUGUUUUGGCUGCCCUGCAUUGCUCUGAUGGUUAACUCGGAGAGUAUCCUCUUGUGCCUGGCUCAGGACCCGGAGGUGGCCAGAAUAGCUCAGAUCUACAGCCUCGCGUACAUUCCAGCCGUUCCAGCAAUAUUCGUGUACCAGCUGCAGGUGUCUUAUCUGCAGAACCAGGGCAUCAUACUGCCUCAGAUGUACAUAGCAGUCGUCGCCAACAUCGCCAACGUGGUGACACAUUACAUUUUAAUCACCUGGCUCGACCUGGGAGUCGGAGGGUCUGCAGCUGCAAACUCCCUCUCCCAGAUCUACCUGUGUGUGUUCCUGUUUGUUUUCAUCUGGUGGAAGAAGAUACACGUGAACACUUGGGGAGGCUGGUCACGUGACUCACUGCAGGAGUGGGGUGCCUUCAUGAAGCUGGCGGUCCCCAGUACACUCAUGAGGUCUUUAGAGUGGUGGGUGUACGAGAUUGGCGGAUUCUUUGCCGGGAUGCUGGGUGGAGAUGAACUGGCGGCACAGCAUGUGACCAUCAUGCUGGCCUAUAUCGUCUACAUGUUUCCUUUUGCAGUCCAAGCUGCCGCCUGCGCCCGGGUCGGCAACGCUCUCGGCGCAGGAGACACUGAACGGGCCAUUCUCACCAGCAAGAUGACCUUUGGGCUCUCCUUCAGCUUUACGCUUGUUGAAGGCGUCAUUCUUUUUGCCACCAAAUCAGUCAUCGCCUACAUAUUUAUCUCCGAUGAAAAUAUUGUCAGUCUGGUGGCUUACCUGAUGAACGUCUACGCUGUGCUCCAGGUGUUUGACGGACUAGUGUGCAUCAGCCUUGGCGUCUUCAUGGGAACAGGCAAACAGAAGAUUCCAGCUGUGGCUAACUUCGUGGGAUACUACAUCAUCGGGCUCACGCUCUGCGUCACCCUGACGUUCGUGAUCAAAAUGGGAAUCAUCGGUUUCUGGCUUGGCCUUUUCUGUGCCGCCACUCUACAGUCCAUCUUCUACAUCGUCGUCAUUGUGAAGUUCGACUGGACCAAAAUGACCGAAGAGGCGGUGAAGCGAGCUCAGAAAACCUCAGUCGCGCCUCUGUUAGCGAAGGACGGCGCCGCUGACCAGGAAGGUGCUCAGUUUUCCGACGGCCUCAUGUUAAAGACGAACGGAGAAGCAGCAAAGCAAAACGGCCACGUGGCUUCAGCUAAGAAGAGGGACAACCUCUCACUGUCCCAGCUGAUCAUCCGGCGAGGACUGGUGACGCUCGCGGCCUUCGCUGUUCUGGCAGCGGGAUUGUGCGUCUACUUCAUUGUUCCCCUCCCAGAGCCCGUGGGUUGGCUGAGCAACUCCACCGCAGACUUGACCAACUCCACUCUGGACUGGAGCAACACCACCACCACCGCUGCACUGCUGUCUUACACCACAUAG